GAAAGACAUAAGACAGCUCUCCUUCUUUCACUUCAAGCAUGGGGUUGUCAGUGAUCCUGCUCAGCUUCACAGCCAUAAUCUUCAUUACAGAAGUGGCUACAGACUGUGGAGUAGCUCCUCUAAAUACACGUGUAGUGGGCGGCGCUGAAGCCCCUGCAGGUAACUGGCCCUGGCAGGUCAGCGUCCAUUACAACAGCAGACACAUCUGUGGAGGAACCCUGAUCCACAGCCAGUGGGUGGUGACGGCCGCUCACUGCAUCAUCUCUACUAACCUCGACAGCUGGACGCUGUACUUGGGAAGACAAACCCAGUUCCCGUCAGCUGCCAACCCAAACGCAAAUGAAGUGAGAGUUGGUAUUCAGUCCAUCACCGUCCAUCCAAAGUACAACAACACACUUUUCAAUAAUGACAUCUCCCUGAUGAAACUGAGCCAACCUGUGACCUUCACUCAAUACAUACGUCCGGUCUGCCUGGCGUCCAAAGGGAGCGUCUUUCACAACGCCACGUCCUGCUGGGCUACAGGCUGGGGAAACGUCGGCAAAAACCAACCUUUGCCGGCCCCGCAGACACUUCAGGAGGUGGAAAUCCCGGUAGUGGGCAGCUCACAGUGCACCUGCCAAUAUAAACCAGUAGGUGGUGUUACAAUCACAAAACAGAUGAUUUGUGCAGGGAGAGCAGACAAAGGAAUCUGUCAGGGGGAUUCUGGAGGUCCGUUACAGUGCAAACAGGGUUCUGUGUGGGUCCAGGCUGGGAUCACCAGUUUUGGGACGAGUCUAGGCUGCGCCAAAGAAGGUUUCCCGGAGGUGUAUUCACGCGUCUCUGAGUUCCACACUUGGGUCACGGAGAACGUGGAAGGAGCCGCCAUAGGCUUCGUGACCUUUUCGUCCAACGGCACAGACGGCAACGUUACGUGCACUAGCUCUGCCACAUUUCAGUUCUCACUCGUCUCUAAUUUUAUCAUUCUCUUCACGACACUCAUCACACACUUACAGUCACUUUAAACCGACUCACACACACAUGCUACUCUGAGCUAAGCGGGUAUAGGAAACAGAAGUGUGAAAUGCACAGUGAAAUUCUGAAGAACUAAAUGCUAAAAAAAAAAAAAGCAUUUGAGACAUUAAAGCUCAUGAGUGAAUCACCAAAGAGUCCUUUGUCUGGUUUCCAAAAACAGUUAGCCACUACUGGAAAAUGCUAUAACUACAUCAUUAUGAGGGGAAAAUUAGUUGUGUAUUCUGAUGAAAUAUUUGUUUACUGUGAGCAACAUACCCAUUUCAAAAAUGCCACUGCAUUACAGUGGAUGUUACUGGUGACCAGUGUUUGUAUAGAGACCUUAUGCAGCAGGAAGGCCUUAUGUUCAAAUUAUGUAUCGGAAAGAUCUAAAGUUAAACGCGUUAAACGCAUUUGAACACCACCACAAUGUCAUAUUACGAGUGAGAAACUCAGAGCUUUCUUUAAGCUGAGAGUUUCUGGGCUGUCAGUGAGAAAAUAUGGAGGAUACAAUAGGUGCAGCAUCUGUACUGAUGGUAAAUUUCUUGAAAUGAAUGAUUUGUUUUCAUUUACACUAAAACAAGGUUGCAUGUACAAAAAUACGACACUGUUGUACAAUUACUAUAAUUAUGAUCAAAUAUGUA